AUGGCUGCUAAGGAAGUGCAUGAUAUUAAAGGGGGAGAUCAGAUGCCAAGGCCAGUGCACAAGAUUAGAGAGGAUAACAGGAGAAAUAAUGCAGGCUGGAAGUGUGAUCGCUGUGGGGGCUCAAAUCAUGUCAGCAGUCAGUGCUAUUACAAAAACGCUGUGUGUAACAAUUGUAAUAAGGUUGGUCAUAUCCAGCGUGCUUGUCGCUCUCGAAGCGCCAUGAAUGAUAGAUCUUCAGGCCGUGGUCACAGCCGUCGUCGUGGUCGCGACAGGGGCCGUGGUCAUGGUCGUGGUACCCAUUACAAGGACAACAGAUCUUCCACUAAUCAUGCUAAUCGUAUUGACAAUGUAUCUCAGGAAGACGAGAACAAUGAAUAUGGACUUUUUAAGGUAGAAACUCAACAUGCUCAAAACGGAUUGAGUGGUAAGCGACACAGAGUGGAGCCCUAUCUCAUUGAAGUGUUAGUUAAUGGUAAAAAGCUAACUAUGGAGAUAGACACUGGCGCAGCAACUUCAGUGAUCAGUUCAAGUACUUUCCAUUCAGCGUGGAAGGAGGGUGAUGACAGGCCGAAGUUAAGUGAGACCAAUGCUAUUCUUCGGUCCUACAACAGAGAGAGUAUACCGAUAGUAGGCACUACAGACGUUCAAGUAAAUUAUGGAAAUCAGUCGGCCACUCUCCUGCUGACAGUGGUGGAAGGUGAUGGCGAGAACUUGCUUGGCAGAGAUUGGCUUCAGGCCAUCAGAUUAGAUUGGGGGAAAAUUUUGAAUGUGAGAAAUGAAGGGUUACAAGACAUUUUGAACUCUUAUUCUGAUGUGUUCCAAGAUGAUAUAGGGGAAUUCAAGGAUCAAAAGGUCACUAUUGAGAUCACCUCAAAUGUGCCAAGAUUUUAUAAGCACAGGAAUGUUGCUUAUGCUCUUCGUCAGAAAGUUGACGAUGAACUUGAACGCCUUGAAAACCAGGGUAUUAUCAAGCCAGUGCAGUAUUCUGAUUGGGCUGCUCCAAUCGUACCAGUGGUUAAAUCCAAUGGGAACAUACGAAUUUGUGGAGACUACAAAUUAACUGUCAACAAGGUCGCUCGUACUAAUGUUUACCCCAUUCCACGGAUCGAAGAUCUGUUCGCAUCUUUGUCAGGUGGAAAGACUUUCACGAAACUGGAUUUAAGUCAAGCCUACCAACAGUUAACCCUUGCCGAGGAGUCGCAAAAGCUCACGACUAUAAACACUCAUCGUGGCCUCUAUCAGUACCAGCGCUUACCCUUUGGCAUAUCGGCAGCUCCAGCUGUAUUCCAGCGAACUAUGGAGUGCUUGCUCAAAGACAUUCCCCAUGUCUGUGUCUACUUGGAUGAUAUUCUCGUCACCGGGGCCUCUGAACAGGAACAUUUGGAAAACAUGAAGAAAGUCCUAUCCAGACUUAGCAAGGCUGGUCUCAGAUUGAACGCACAGAAGUGCAAAUUCAUGGUCGGCUCAGUAGAGUAUUUGGGUCACAAAAUAGAUGCGCAGGGUUUGCAUCCCCUUGAUGAAAAGGUGAAGGCUAUAGUGUCGGCUCCAGCUCCACGCAAUGUUGCUGAACUUAAAUCCUUCCUUGGACUCGUGCAGUAUUAUCAGCGUUUCUUGCCUAAUCUCGCCACUACCUUGGCGCCCUUGCAUCGGCUUCUCAGGAAAGAAGUUACCUGGUCAUGGGGAACUCAACAGAAAAAAGCUUUCAACAUGGUGAAAGGACAUUUGUCUUCUUGUGAUCUCUUGACGCAUUAUGAUCCCCAUAAGAAACUUGUAUUGGCGUGUGAUGCAUCUCCCUAUGGGGUAGGUGCCGUCCUCUCACAUCAGUCUGAUGAUGGUGUAGAGAAACCAAUAGCAUUCGCAUCCAGGUCUCUGUCGCAAGCAGAAAAGAAUUACUCUCAAUUGGAUCGUGAAGCUGUAGCAAUUAUCUUCGGAACUAAGAAGUUCCAUCAGUAUAUCUACGGGCGUUCCUUUACUCUGUUGUCAGAUCACAAACGCCUCGAGAGUAUCUUCAGUCGGGACAAGGGCAUUUCACAGAUGGCAUCGAGCAGAAUUCAACGUUGGGCAUUAACCCUCUCUGCAUAUAACUAUACAAUCGAGUACAGAAAAGGUACUUCCCUUGCGAAUGCCGACUGCAUGAGUCGUCUUCCCUUACCAUACACACCACCAAAUCCACCUCUACCAGGGGACACAAUCCUCUUACUGGAAGCAAUGGAUGCUUCUCCUGUGAAAUCAUGGCAAAUUAAACAAUGGACAGACAGAGAUCCAACCCUUUCCAGAGUAAGAAAUUUCCUUCUUUCUGGAUGGCCAAGCAUAAAUCUAGAGGAGUCUUUCACUCCUUUUGUGAAAAGGAAACAUGAAUUGAGUGUCCUUGAUGGCUGUGUUUUGUGGGGCAAUCGUAUUGUUGUGCCGCCACAAGGUCGAGAGAUUGUUGUGAACAUGUUGCAUGAAGCUCAUCCAGGUAUCUCGCGCAUGAAGUCUGUAGCGCGUGGAUUCGUAUGGUGGCCAAAGAUGGAUGAUGAAUUGGAACUCAAGGUGAAAACCUGUUCUGUGUGUCAACAGUCUCGUCCAGUACAAGCCGAGGCUUCGCUUCACUUUUGGGAAUGGCCUGAACAUCCAUGGAGUCGUUUGCAUUUAGACUAUGCCGGACCUUUCCUGGGUAAAAUGUUCCUUGUGUGUAUUGACACACAUUCUAAAUGGUUGGAAGUGUUUCCAAUGAACAGUGCCACAUCAACUGCUACAAUUGAUUGUCUCAGACUCAUGGACUGCCAGACCAAGUGGUCACUGACAAUGGCACUUGUUUUACAAGUGAGGAAUUCUCUGUCUUUAUGA